AAGCGCCGCGGCCGCAGCUGCGCAAACAGGUGCUUCCCUCCGCUGUUCUCUGCGCUGCUCGAGUAUAAAAGCGGUGCGGACGUGCGCCCACUCUGCAAUCAACAUGGCGCCCAAAACGGUCUUCGCUCUCCUGAUCGUAGUCUGUCUCGCGGAGCUGACGUGGGCUUCUCCAGCUCCGUUCCACAGCAGGCGGUCAACGAACGCCACAACAGCUACUGCUACAAACGCCACAGCUAACAGUUCUUCCAACGACGCCGCCAGCGAUGACGACAGCUCGAGUAGCGAUAUAUUCAGCGAGAUCAAGGAAAACGUAGACAACUUUUUCGGUAACAUAUUUGGCAAGCGCUCUGUUGACUCCAGCAAUUCCUCUGACGUCAGCUCUUCCCCCAACACCACCACCAGCAGCAAUGACACUUCCUCCGAUAACGUUUUCGACGAAAUUAAAGACAAUGUGGAAGGGUUCUUCGGUCACCUGUUCGGGAAGCGCGCCGUGAAGUUCCCGACACCUGACGUGUUCACCAAACUGUACGAGGAGUGGGCAAACCAGAGAGCCAACCGCUCCGUCACCGUUAGAGCCACCAACAGCAGCUUCACAAUGGGCGACUUGUUUGUCGAGCUUUCCAAGGAAUGGCUCAAAGGAAACUUGGACAAGCGUUCUGUUACCGUGAGGGACACCGAUAGCAGCUUCACAAUGGGCGACUUGUUUGUCGAGCUUUUCAAGGAAUGGCUCAAAGGAAACCUGGACAAGCGUUCCGUUACCGUGAGGGACACCGAUACCAGCUUCACAAUGGGGGACUUGUUUGUCGAGCUUUUCAAGGAAUGGCUCAAAGGAAACCUGGACAAGCGUUCCGUUACCGUGUAAACAUACAGAUAAUGGUCGAUUUUGUCAUGUACUUUGUGCACCACUUACAAGAGCAAUUAAGUGACUACAGAUGCAGCAUGCUACUUGAUCUGAUUAUUGGUAAUUUAUUCCUGAAUUAUUCAUUUGUACAAUGCAGCUAUUUUCAAAAUUUACAGAUAUAGUUAUCCUUUAUUGAAUUUUUUUAUGUUUUAUGUGGCCUACCAUUGACAUCUUCAGUGACCUGUGUUUUCUAGAUUUCUCACCAGCGCUGGGGCUUAUGUAACAUACAGUGCAAUACCUGCUGAUGUCAACACUCAACUCCCACUCACUCUUUCCACAGCAGUCAAAACAAUUGUAAGCCAGAAAGAAGACCUUACAGUUCACUGAGUAAUGGAGUUUGUAUCACCGAAUUCCGCAUUGUAUAUCUAGGUCACUCGUAGUUGGCUGUGUAAAUGAGUUAACUAGUCACAUGAUACUAGCUGAAACUGUCUCCGGUAGUACCAAGCUUAGAGAAGCAAUAUAAGUUUUCAUAGUCACCUUGUAAUUGAAGAGUCUAGUACUUAGAACUUAAGAUACGGAAGAGUACCAUUAGCAUUGGGAAACUAAUCUGAAAUAAAAGU